GCAUGAUUUGCCUUCAGCAAUCUAGUUACUGAAUCAAUUGCUCGUUUAUCAUAUUCUCAAGAUCACUUCCACUCUCGAUCCCCAAAGCUAUACUAGAAGUAUACGCGCUAGGACCGCCGGCGAUAUUGUUCACUCGGACAACCAUGGAUUCCACUAGUAACUCACAUGCUGCUGGACCUGCGCUUCCCACUCUGGCCCACAAUUUGCUGUUAUCCGAUGAAGCAAGCAGCAGUUGUCAGCAGUCCGUGGACGACAUAGAUUCGAGUCAUCCGCCACACCAGACAGAAUCCUGGAACCUCUACGCAGAUAUCAAUGCUGGAUUGCAAGCAUCCCCGGAGAGUGCAUUCCGCGCUGGCUCAGUGAUCGGUUUCUCGCGGCUCCGAAGCGAGAACAACGAGAAUACGGAAGAUGAUGAAUGUUUAAGCCAGCUUCCUCGAGCCCUCCUCACAGCCCACUUAGUUCGCCAAGCCCAAACACUCAACGCACCCAACUCAACGGCCGUCUAUAUCGUCCACCCAGCCACAUUCAACCCCUUCUCCCCCAGAAGACUCCUCGCCUCCCUGCUCAACACCACCACCACCACCACCACCAACCGCCAAGUCUUGACACGCGACGCCGCGAUCGCCUGCCUCGACCGCGUCCAACUCUUCCCCGUCUUCGACCUCCAGGCCGCAUUACAAGCCAUCCACGAAAUCAGCUCAGCCGUAGCAUCAUCCGCCGCGGGCCGCAACUCCCUGCAGCCCAACAAAGCCAUCGUCCUCGUCGCCGGCCUCGACACCCUCGCCGAGGGCGUCGUGCGCACAUCCAACGCCGCGCGAGGCGCGGCCGCCCUGACGGCCGCCCUACGGACAUUAACACACCUGACCCGCACUGGUCCUGCAGCGGUGUCGGUGCUGCUGGUCAAUACGAGUGGACUGGGGACAGCGGCCGCCAAUGCUGACUAUGCGAGUGGGUCGAUCGCAAUGCAGGAUGAGGCCAGCAGUCUGGAAAGUGGGGUUCGGUCUGCAUUUGGCGCAAAUGGGGCGAGCCUAUUUCCGAGCUUGUUGAUGCGGACGUUGGACCAGGGACUUGAUACGCAUAUCCUAGUGUCGACUAUCAAGGGGUCGGGGGUGGUAGUCGAGGUUAUCAAGGACCGGUUGGGCGAGGGGAUCGGGAAGUGGUGUGUUUGGAAGAGCAUUUGAACACUACUCGGUGUCUUUGUCAAUUCAUGCUACGAUAAUGUCGGAAGUAACGAUGGCAAGCAAGGUUUACUGGAAGGAUACGAAAUAACAAGAUGCAAAUGGUCUAUCAUCAUUCAUGGGGGGGAAAUGGUGUCAAAACUAUUAGCAGAUGUUAAGCAACCACACACAUACACUCCUAGAACCCCAUAUUCCUCUAUUA